AGUCCCAGCCCCGCCAUGACUUCAAUGAUAUAAAUACUACCACCACUGCGUCUCUCAACUUCUGUGCAAAGAGUACAAUAAUAAUAAAAUAAUACAGUUACUUCUGUGCCUUGUGGCCUGUGUCUGAUAGAGCUAUAUUUUAUCUAAUAAUAAAAUAAUUAUAAUUGCCACAUCCAUAUAAAUAUGAGUAAUAACGUAAAAGAGACAAAGGUAGGUAAUUUAAUGAGGUUUUGGAUAUCCGAUCCGAUGACGACAUCGCAUUUAUAUUUCAAUUUUGAAAGAUUUCGGUUCACAUUAUUCUCAUAAUUUCACAUAUAGUAAUAAUUUAUCAUGAUUUAUGAAACUUCAUUUAGCGUUAGAUAAAAACUAACCUUAUGAUUUGUUUACACCUUAUUGCUAUUGGCAUUAAGUUCAAAAUGAAGGAUACGUAGAAAUGACCAUAGUAUGAAAUAAUUUUAUGGUUUAAUACAUGUUUAUCUGGUAAAUUGAUAUAAAUGUUUGUUUACAGUUAAAACUUAAAGACACAGCUUUGGAUCGUGAAAUAGUAGUUGAUAAUGCAGCACCAUUGCCACAAAUUGUUAAAGAAAUGUUACAAUUACAUAAACACAGCAAAGCAUAUAAGUUUUAUCACCAACUUAUAGCACAACGGCGUAGUGUAUUUAGCACUGACCUUCACUACACUACACCUGGACAUCCACUCAAGUAUUUCAAAGACAACUGGGAUGGAACUAUAGAUGCUCAAUACUUUGAGCCAUUCCAAUAUAGAAGCACAAUGCCUAGAAUUAUAACUGAAAUGAAAAAUGUUGGUGAAUCUGAUCCUGUUGCUGAUCCAUUGAAACAAAAAUAUGAUUGGCAUCACGGUAAUACAAUGUUGAAGAUGAACGCUUGCUAUGUAGAGACCAUGAAUGAGAGGAAGGAUCAACAGCUCAAUGAUGAAGUGAUGGAAUGUCCUAAGUAUCUAAUAGAGUUGGCAGCACGGUUAGCAAAUGACCCAGAUCCAAACUUUGAUGCUACUUAUAACUGGUACUACACAGGCAACGGCAACAUGCAAAUUAUUUGUGUUAACUGGGUUGAUUACAUGCUUUACAGUGUAUUUGGAACUGUUUAUUUAUCAAGAUUUAACAAAGACAGUAUGACUACAGAACGAGAAAUUGCAGCAAAAUUCAAUUGUGGGAAAGACGUCACUGUACAUGAAACAAUUUGUUCUCCUCAAAACAUAGUGGCAUUGAGAACUAAACAAAAAAUAUUUCUAUUAAAAAUUAUUGAAACUGAAGAUAAAAUAUAUUUUGAAAAAUUAAAAAAUUUGGAAACAGAAUCAUCAUACACUGGUAUAUCUUUUGAUAAACAUCAAACAUAUAUCUUGUACGCAACUGCAAUAGAUAGCACACUGGAAAUGGCAAAUAUGAAUAGGAUGACUAGAAAAGUAUUGAAAUUAAAACAACAUCGUGAUUCUAAUAUCAACAAUUGGAACUGCAUUAUAGGAGUUGAACGCUGCUCAUAUAUGCAUGUGGAGAGAGAUGCUAUAACCCUAUAUGAUAAGAGGACAAAUAAUACAGUUACUGAAUGGACAGGUGUUAAACAAAUUGUGGAUACGACGUAUUGUAAUGAUAUCACUAUCGCUAGACUAUGCGAAGACAGCCCUUCAUUAUUUUUUGCGACAGAUCAUCACAUUUUCUUGAUGGACACAAGAGCCUCUAGGACAAGGGACCUGAAAGCUGUACAGCGCUGGACGCAUGGUUUGAAAUGUGCAGCGACAUACAUGUCGAUCAAUAAAGCCGAUAGCAAUAAAGAACUCAUCACUAUAAGUAGUCAAUGGUGUGAGGAUACUUGCGUGAUUAGCAAUUACGCUAAUAGUGUAAUAGAAUUGUGUGAAAUUAAAGGUGUUACUAUGCCAUAUCAUCCACCUAACAUAUUGGACGUUUUAAAAGAGGCAAGACUUAAGAUGCUAUGCCUCGAUAUACACAAUUCCAUUGAGAAUAGGCUAGUUGCUUCUAUAACUGGACAAGUUGUUGUUGACCAAGGUGAAAAUUUCAGCAUAUUAUCACAAAAUUCACUGGGAGAUAUUUUCUUUAGAAAUCUAUAUCCUGAGUAUAUGAAUAUGUUUAUACAAGAUGAUAGUGUUCAAAGAUUACACGACUGGAGCAAAUCCUAUAAAUUAGAUAGAAAUAUAUUUGAAGUUUCAUCUAUAGUAAAUAUGUCACAAGUUUGGAAGAAAUUAAAGAAAAUUCCUGAUAGUUACAGUUUCAGCCCAAAGAAUGCUAAGGAUUAUUAUGACGAAUCUAAGAUCUACAAAGCAUUUGAAAACGAAGAAUUGCUUCCGGAGUUGAUGGACGCGUGGGUUGAUGAUCAUAACGCCGAGGAAACUUGUGCUGAUCAGUCAUCAUUAAUGUUAAAUCUGCACUAUGAAGAUAGUGAUGAAUGAU